AUGACUGAAGACCAUGUGUUGGAGCCGACGAACCCGUAUGCCGCCACAAAAGCUGGUGCCGAGUUCCUUGUGAAGAGUUUUUAUCGCUCGUUUGGACUCCCUGUUAUUAUUACAAGGAGCAAUAACGUGUACGGACCACAUCAGUAUCCAGAGAAACUCGUUCCAAAGGUAGUGAAUCAGAUUUUGCGGGACCAGCCAGUGACGAUCCAUGGAGACGGCAGGCACACCCGUAACUACCUCUACAUUUCGGAUGUCGUUGCAGCAUUUGACUUGAUUCUGCAUAAAGGUGCAGCAGGAGAAAUUUACAAUAUUGGCGGAACGAACGAACGAUCGAGCAAGGAAGUCGCGAUGGACUUGCUGGCUCUGAUGAAGCCGGAACUCCAGGGACACGAUCUGGUCAAAUUGGUCACACAUGUUCAGGAUCGACCUUCGAACGACCACCGGUACGUUAUUGACGCAACCAAAAUUCGUGCCUUGGGCUGGAAAGAGAAGGUAUCUUGGCAAGAAGGUCUGCACAAGACAGUCAAGUGGUUUAUACGCCAUAGACAUCGUUUUACCAACAUUGACCACGCGCUCGAGGCUCACCCGAUCGGUUGCACGAAGACGAACAAGCUCAGCUUGCGGUAG